GAAUGGAAAGUUUGAGAGUGUAAAGAGACUGCGGAGGUCUAGCUGGAUGAAGAGUGGGGGAGGAGAGGUGGGAGGUUUGUGGCAGUGAAUAAUAUGCAGCUUGGACAUUCCCAGCCUGGGAAAUACAGCAAUGAGUGUGCGGGAGAAGGAGCCUGAGCGCUCUGAGUUGCUCUGGUGAUGGGAUGAUACUGAUGAUGGCGAGGAAAUAUGGCUGAUUGAAAGUUGGAGAGGACAAAGUGCCACUGCGGAGAUGCAGAGAGGAAGCGAGUCCAGGAACAAAGCUGUGGAUUGAGUUAGAUUCCUGUCUAAGUCAUGGCAUCAGAGGCUAUGGAGGACUGCGUCCAGGGGGCGCUCUCAUCUCUUUACCCUCCCUUUGAAAGUACAGCACCUCCUCUCCUCUCGCAGGUCUUCUCCGUGCUGGAGUCCACCUACCAGCACGACAGCCUGCGUUACCUCCUGGACUACUUUGUUCCUGCCAAACACCUCCUGCACAAGUUGCAGCAGCACGCCUGUUCCCAGUACCUGGGUUGCCUCUUCCUCCACUCUGGCUGGCCGUUGUGUCUCGGCGAGAAAGUGGUGGUCCAGCUCUCUACGCUGGACUGGAGGCUCCUGCGCGGUAACGACUUCUACCUGCAGGUGGUUCCCUUCUCCACGCGCUGUCCCCGCCUUGCUCUGAAGUGUCUUGCCCCAGGGGGUCGCACCGUCCAAGAAAUCCUUGUUCCUGAGUCCCAGCACUCUCUUGUGUUUACCAGCGAGUGGCUUCACUCCAUCAACAAAGAACGUGGCCACAAAAGGGAAGUUGGCGGUGGCCUUGAUACCUGCUUGGUGAGCAGUUGUGACGGUGUGGUGCGCCUUCCAUGGAAAGAGGUGGUCUACCCCAAAUUCAUCCAUGACCCAUCUGAGGAAGCAGGCCUGAUUUCCAACCCUGAGGGUGGCUACAUGUCCCAGCGUCAGCCCAGUGAAGGGGGAAGCAGCUUUGGGGGCUGGGGCGGCUCUUCUUCCGGAGAACUUGACUCCUGGUCUUGGGAUGAGGAAGAAGAGAAUGUCUUACCACCGGAUGGUUUGGAGUCAGAGGCUGCACUGCCUCGGCGAAGACGCAGUGAAGAUGGGCUUGGGCGGACAGCAAGACGCCCUGAAAUUGAUGGAGACUAUGUGGAGCUGCUGGAGCCAAGAGGGGGUCCAGAUGGGGGUGUUGACUCAAAGCAGAGGUACCUUGAGAUGCAUGCAAUAUCCAAAACCAAGACAUUGCCUCUUUGCAAGAGGGGUAGGGCCUUUAAGGUCCGGAGGGGAAAAGUUGUGGGAUAUGGAAGAAUGGAUGGCUUGGGCAGCUUUCGAGGGAUUGCUGGAAUCAAAUCCGAUUUGACUGCUCCCAAGGAGCAUGUGCAAUCACCUCUGCCUCCGCCAGGAAACACAAACGCAAGACAAUCUUACUCCUCUUCUACUCAGGAAUAUGAUGAUGAUGAUGGUGAUAAAACAAAAAGAGACACUGAGGUAAGAUUUGAUGGCCUGUUUAGAGAGCGGAGGCCUGGCGUUGGUGGUGAGCGAGAGAUUAAUGGGAUUACGCAACCGUGCAAAGAGGACAUAAAGAGCAAACACUCUGAGAGCAGUGAUAGUUUGGUCCCCAUAGAACACCUCGACUCCAUUAACCUUAAAGUUGGGCAUGUUAUAGAGAGAUGCUCCGAUCAGGGCUCCCAUUCCGACUCUGUGUUUGAGAAUACAGAUAAACAACUUGGUGGAAACCGUGAUGCAGCAGAGCCAACAUUGGAUGAAACAAACACAUCAUUCACUGCAGAUGCAGCUUGCACCAUCACAGAUAGUGCCAAAAUAGCACAGACAGAACAGGAUGAAGGUAAAAAAAAGAAUAAAGACUUUUCAAGAGGAAAGGAAGUCAAAGUUUCAGGAUUCAGAGCCCCAAGGAAGAAGAAAAGAGGAAUGGGGGCCAAAGGUAGGGCUCGGUCGGGUGGACGAACUGCCCAGAAAGGUUCCAAACUACAGGGGAAAGCUCCCCCUCAUCCAAGCUCCACUUCCUGCUGCAGCUCAACACAACAAUCUGUCACAGAGGAAUGUCAUUCACAAACGAUAGGACUCGUUGAGACAUCAGACGUUGAAUGCAUUUCGACUCACGUUAGCUCGAAGAGCAGCAGUGCAGCAGCGGCUCCAUCUUUGUCUUUGCCGGUCUGCAACGGCCAACCAUGCACCUUAAACCACUCCAAUGGCGAGGGGAGCGAGAGGAACAAACUCAACGGUAUCGCAUGUGAAGAGCAUCCCUUGCUUCGGGAACUGGACAAAGAGCUCCUGCAAUCAGGACGGCUGAGGAUGAUGGGUACGGUGGACAGGUUGGGACGUGCUGUAGUUAUAGCAGAGACGGAUUCAUCCGGGCAAGAUUCCAACAGCGAAGAGAUGGCCCGGAUUCUGGCCUGCUACCACAAGAUGACCCUACCUGUAGCUAAAGAAAAAGGUGUGACAGUGUUGGUGGACAGCAGACACUCACCGCUAUCCUCGCACUGCCUCUGUGCACUAAGUUUAUUCCAGCGUCUGGUUCCUAAUGGUCUCGGAUCAGUGCUGGUUUUGGUGAAUGAAGAGCAAGAGACUAUGUCUUAUAACCUUGAAGAGGGAACAGAGGUCCAUAUAGUGCAAGGAACAGGGGUCCUUCAGCAGUUUGUAGACAGGCAACAGCUGCCCACAGAGAUAGGGGGGGACUUUAGCCACUGCCACUCAGACUGGCUCUCCUUUCGACUGAGCUUGGAAAGUCUGACUGAGCGCUGCGAGAGCGCCCUCCUCCUACUGAGAGAUGCACUGCAAUCCAUUGACAGAGAGCCAGUGGUCACCAACAUAAAGGAUGUUCCUGCGAGCAUCGAUAAGCACCGCUGCCUCAUGACGAGUGUCCUCGCCGACCAGCGCUUAACUGAGCUCCAGCAUAGGGGCGGGGCCUGGCUGGCAGGAUUGACCAAUAGUGCAUCCGGGCUGUCACGGAAGUCGCCAGAUUGCAGGGCGGCACUCGCUGCAACCUCCAAACUUUACGACAGCGUGGACGACGCACUCCAUCGACUGGUGCAACUGUCUAACCAGAGAGGUCAUGACUUGGACGCGCUGGGACGUCUGGCCAGCUUGGUGGAUCAGCUGAAAAAGUGUGACCAGGAGAUUGAGCAAGUCCAAGGGCAGCUGGACGACUACAAGGAGCCACCCCUUUCGCUCAGCAGACUUUCGCUCAAGCAGCAAAAGUUCAAAACAUUACGAGAAACUGCAAAUGAGCUGCACAGUCGGACUCUCUCUGUGCUCAGUGACUUGGAGACAUGGUCUGAAUUAGAAUGGGUCGGCCUGAAUGACAUUCAGAUCCAACUUCCUCCGGUCAGGGAACGUCUGCGGGACAUGUCCCACUGUCUGUCCGACUGCUGGACCACGCUGGACAACACGCAGAGGCUGCUCUCCACUCUGACUGAGGCCACUCAGUGGUGCGAUGAAGUGUCCUCCAACUCCUCAUCUUCAUCCUCCCCCAUCUGUCCUCUGGCCUCUCUCCCUCCCAUUCCGCCGUCCCGCUUCCAGGAUGCCCAGUCGUUAGCCAUCGAGCUGGGUGGGGGGACACUCCUGGAUCUCUGGACUCAGACGAUGGAGCGUUACCAGCGGACUGUAGCACAGGUGAAGCCGCGCUUCCUCCAGUCUGACCGCUCCCAAAACCAUGGCCAGGUUAAGCCAAGACCCCCCACCGCCAGCCACCUGUGGGAUGUGUUAGGUCUAGAGGGAGAGGGGGAAUGGGGAAUGGGGGGCGGAGGAGGUGAGCUUGGUUUGCAGUCCUGGGGAUCGCUGGCGUCGCUCUUCAGGCCGCAGACCUGCUCUACGCUGAAGAUAGGAGAUGAGCGAGGGAACAAAAAAGAGGUGGCAGGGGGAGGGAAGUUCCUGCAGAACCUUCUGAAUUCAGCAAAGAAAAGUCCCACAGAGCCACCACACCCUCCAAAGCCGCCAAGAAAAAGACACCCCAGUUUUGACCUCCAGGCCCUCCUGGCACCUCGCAGAGGCGCUGCCAUUCCAAAACCUGCCGAGUCCCCGACAGGUGGUGCGAGCCGUACCUCCCCCAUGUCUUGGCUGGGGCGACGGGCGCUGGCAGACCCGGUCAUCACCACCAGCAUGGCCACAGCCGUGCCAGGGCGGAGCGGCCCCGCUGGAGGAGGAAGUGGUGUGUUGAUCAGGGGAGUGGAGGUCAGCAGCAAGGAGGUGGUGGACCACACUGGGUCACCACGGCAACAUGUGCUGCUGGGCAGAACCGAGAGGGAAACGGGGAGCGAACGGGCGGGAUCGACGGCUCAGAGCAAGCUUUACUUGCUCUGGUGCAGGAUGCUGAGCAACGAGCGACAGUACAUGGCUGUCCUUAAGGGGGUGGAGGAGACCUACCUCCCCCUGCUGGAGCGCUCAGACACGCCGACCUCUAUCAGGGGGAAAGCAGAUACCCUCUUCCCCAACUGGAUUGGCCUGAGCAACUUCCACUCGCAAUACCUACUCCCUGCCAUGGAAGACGCGCUUGUGCAAAGCCUUCUGCAACAGGACUGUUUCAGCAAAUAUCGGGAGCAGUUUCUGCAGUAUUCUCAGUACAUCCGGAACAAACCCAAACUGGACUCCACGCUGGUCACACAAGCUACUGACUUCUUUAAAUCCAAGCUCCCCGCUGCCUCCCCCGUCUCGCCUCUGUCCUUCCCUCACUGCCUGCAGGCCCCGACUCAGAGGCUGGAGCAGUACUGUGAGGCCCUGGGGGAGCUGGGUGGCAUCAACCCGGCCUCAGACUCCGCCCUCUCCAUCCUGAGACACGUCCAGCGGCACGGCGAGGACCUCAGGGCCAGUGACCUCAUCGUCGGGUGUCCGAUCGCUGUAGCAGAGCGAGGCGAGCUAGUGCGUCAGGGCGAGCUGACGGUAUGCGGCGGCACCCACAGGAAGCGUGUCGGCGUAAGGAGGGUCUUCCUAUACCAGCACGCUAUCAUCUUCACCAAGCACAAGAGCGCUGGGCCGGGACGUUGCGCCUACAGCUACAAACACUGCAUGAAGACGGCAGACAUGGGCCUGACACAGAGUGUGGGUGAAGAGGGCGUCAAGUUUGAAGUUUGGGUACGACAGGCUCCCCGGCUCCGUGACUGCAUCAUGUUGCAGGCUCGGGACAGAGACGAGCGCAAGACUUGGACCCAGGACAUUGCUCACAUGCUGUGGACUCAUGCCAUCAACAACACAGAGUUGUGUCUGAAGGAGUCGCUGUGCAUGGGCGUGUCCAGCAAGCUGCUGCUGGACGUCAGCGGAAGUCAAACCUCAUCAGAGUUGGACUCGGCCUGCAGCCUCAGCGACAGAGUGCACAGCAGCUGCUCCGACUCCUCCUCCGUCGGAAGCCACAAGGAGGGGGGGUCCCCGGCAUCAGGGAGGGGCUCCGGAUUGACAGGCAGCUCUCAGAUCCAGUCGCCCUCUACCGCAGUGUAGCCAUCGCUGCACCGCGAGUAAGUUCCGGAAAUGGUACUCUGGUUACUCACUCAGGUGGCAGCUGAGGAGCUAGAAACUGUAAUUCAAUGUCGUGAAACAAUGUUUACAGUUCACAUUCCCUCUGAAAGUGCUCACAACCAAGCUAAACUAGACUGGAAGGAAUAACUUGUAUUGGUCUGAAAUGCCCCCCCUGCAACUCCUCGCUGUCUAUAAUAUGAACAAGAUCUCCAUCUCACCAUGUUAAAGCGUGACAAGCGCCAGCGGGAUCUCCGCAGGCCGCCAUCUUGGAUGUGCCAGUCUGUGGGGCUGGCAGAGUCAAUGACACCGACUUGACUUGAAUUGCACAAAGCGGCCAUUGUGUGACCCCCGCCGCACCCCCACCGGGCUGAACAAACCACUCAGUCUAAACUGCCCGACUGCAUCACAUGACCCAGGCUUUUGAUGGUAAACAGGAAGUGGCAAGUGGCGCCGUUCGUCCAGCCUUCUAGGGUCACGCCGAUGUAUAGGUGUGACUGUGCACACGCACGCUUUUGCAAUGUCAUGAGAUGUGUGGGGAGGGUUGAAAGUGACCAUAAUGUAAUAUGUUUAUACAGUAUAUUCUGCAUGCCAAAGGCAAGUACAUUUGAGUGCCUCCAUUUGAUGGAGACUUUGUUUAAUAUUAAGUUAAAUAUAAUUUAGUUAAUGUGUAGCUAUGUAGACUGUCUCUUUCAGGAUGCAUCAUUCUUGCACAACAUUGCGGACCACUUUACUCAGUUUACAGGAAGGAAUGUUGGUGCAAGCGUCUCCUUGUAUAAUAAAAACUGGAUAUUGACACCUUU